AUGAUAAAAAAUCGACGUCGAUCAUCAUCAUCUCAAUCAGCAACAUCAUCAUCAUCUCGUAAGAUGUCUAAGUCUUUAAAUCUUCCAUCAUCAUUAAUAUCGGACAUAUUUCGUAUUCUACAUAAUCUUAUAGUAGCUUUUUGUCGUCGUAUUAUAUUUGCGCCACCAACUCUUAAAAUACUGGUUUAUUUUUUUCUUAUUAUAAUUGGCCCUUUUCUAAAAGAUUUUCAUAUGAUAUCGCAUACAUCACUUUCUUCACAAGCUAAUGUUCCUAAUAAGUAUAUAGCUAAAAUAGGUUGGAUAUGGUCGAUAUUUUUAUUAGUUCCAUUUGUUUAUUUAACAAGUUUAAUAUAUACUCGUGGACAUUAUGGUUUAAUAAUUCGUCAUUUAAUUCGUCUACUAAUAGCAACUACGAUAUGGUAUAUAAUCACAUUUUUAUUUAUUCGUAUUGAAGCUCUAACAGGCAUGUGUAAACCGAAUGAUAAACGUCAAAUAACUAGACAAUUUUGUCGUAGUAGUCGAUAUCAAUGGCAAGAAGGACAUACAUUUUUUCUCCUUUAUGCUCUUUUAGUAAUUAAUGAAGAAGUUAAAUUAUACGGUGAAAAUUGGAAAAAACUUGAAGAUGGAAAUAGAAGUAAUUCAGGAAAUACAAAUAUUUCAUUAGAUUUGAAUCAAAAUCGUAUGAAACUAUUUUCUCUACCUAUUGGAAUACUCUAUAUUGCCUUAGCUCUAUUAACUGUUCUCUGGGAAUUUAUGCUUCUAUCAACAGUUAUAUAUAUUUAUAAUAUUUUACAUAAAUUAAUUGCGGCAAGUUUUGCUGUGUUCUUUUGGUUUAUUACGUACCGUAUAUGGUAUCGUCAGAAUAAUACAUCAAACAUUGCUCCUUGUGCACCUGGUGAUGGUUUUAUUAGUUUUUAA